UCUCUGGCCACAGCAGUGUUGGCCUCCUCGGGUUUCUACCUCUACAACAGGCAGCUGGACCUCAGUGACCUGAGCGUGAUCCGCUUCGGACGAGCCGCAGCUGCCACGGCAGUGAUCAGCUACGACUAUCUGACAGCGUUCAAACAUGUGGACUACGGCACAGAGGAGUACUGGGCUCUCAAGUCCAAGGUGCAUCGACGAUCAGCAGAGCGCCUUCGAGACUUGUGUUGCGCCAACCGGGGCACCUUCAUCAAAGUGGGCCAACACCUCGGUGCUUUGGACUAUCUACUGCCCGAGGAGUACACCUCCACCCUGAAGGUGCUCCACAGCAGAGCUCCUCAGAGCACCAUGGAGGAGAUUCAGCAGGUCAUCAGAGAAGAUCUUGGAAAGGAGCUUUCUGAGUUGUUUGUUUCAUUCGAGGAGCAGCCUCAGGGGGCAGCCUCUUUAGCACAGGUCCACAAAGCAGUCCUGCACGAUGGGAGAACGGUAGCCGUCAAGGUCCAGCACCCCAAAGUCCAACGACAAAGCUCCAAGGAUAUUAUGGUGAUUGAGGUGUUGGUGAAGGCAGUCAAUUGGCUUUUCCCAGACUUCGCCUUCAUGUGGUUGGUGGAGGAAGCCAAGAAAAACAUGCCACUAGAGCUGGACUUCCUUAAUGAGGGACACAAUGCUGAAAAGGUGGCUAACAUGCUGUCCCACUUCCCUUUUCUCAAGGUCCCCAUGAUUUACUGGGAUCUCUCCACAAAGAGAAUCCUGACGAUGGAGUUUUUAGAGGGAGGCCAAGUCAACGACAGGGAAUACAUGCAGAAACAUCACAUCAACGUCAAUGAGAUCUCGGAAAACUUGGGUAAAAUGUACAGCGAAAUGAUCUUCGUCCAUGGCUUCGUCCACUGCGAUCCCCACCCGGGCAAUGUUUUGGUUCGAAAGUGUCCCCAGGGCCAGAAGACAGAGAUCGUUCUGCUCGAUCACGGCCUGUAUCAGGUCUUGGAGCCAGGCUUUAGGAUGGACUACUGUCGACUUUGGAUGUCUCUCAUUAAAGGCGAUAUGUCGGGAGUGGAGCGUUACAGCCGCAGACUUGGAGCUGGAGAUCUGUACCCCCUUUUUGCCUGUGUGCUGACGGCUCGUUCCUGGAAUGCCGUAAACGCUGGAAUCAGUUCUGUUCCUGUCACACAUGCAGAGGACGUUGAGAUUCGGACCAACGCCACUCUCUACCUGCCUCAGAUCAGCGACCUGUUGAACCGAGUUCCCCGACAGAUGCUGUUGCUGCUGAAGACCAACGACUUGCUGAGGGGCAUCGAGACCACAUUACAAACCAGAGCGUCGUCCUCGUCCUUCAUCAACAUGUCCCGCUGCUGCGUGCGUGCCGUUGCCAGGCACAAGAGGAGCAAGGCUCAGUCCAGGAGGAGGUGUCUGCAGAUCACGCUGGCCGAGUCUGUGAGUCUGUGGAAACUCUCAGUAUAUGAAUUUCUGCUGUGGAUCAGAGGAUCUGUGAUGGCUCGCUGGCUCUCCUCUCUGCUGGCGUUUCUGCACUAAGACGCAUCUGGAACAGGGACAUCAUUAUCGUCAUCGGGCCAGGACACUGACACAGUCUCGCUUAGACGUCCCACUAAUCAUCAUGAGUUAUGCUUUUCAUGCGAAAGCAUAAUUGCACUUUUCACCUUUAUCACUCCACAAUUUUGGGAAAUAUUAAAAAAAAAUCAAGUGUGAUAAGGUGAAAACUGUUUUUGUUCUAUUUAUUUAUGGUGUAAACUAUCAUCUGAGAUAACCUAUUAUCCAAAACAAUGCAGUUGUAAGCAACUCUGACUCAUUUAAUCUAUGAGUGACUGAAUGAAACCUGUCUUAACCUGAAUGGUAAACAGGCCACUAAAACACCAUUAAAGUGUUGGGAAAAGUGAGUCGUCAGUCCCGUCUUCAAAAUCCCAGGAGUGGAAGAUGAGGAGCUUCUGCCACGAUGCUGGGAGUUGUAUCUAAAGUCUGUGAAGGGUUUCACUGACCUGAUGUCUGCUCCAUUCCUGUUUCUCAACAAAAUACCUCAAGACUUCCGUCAGACCAUAGCUUCCCACCGAACUUCGAUAGACGGAUCAUGUUUACUGCUAUUUGUAAGUCAGAUCCCAUUCCUUCAUUCAUGCACCAUGAGUUUGUGUUACUCUUGUUAUUAUUAGCUGUUCCGAUCAGACCCGCCAUUUCAGUCCGCCAUUGUAGAAAUGACAGUGGACAGCUAUGUACAUCUGAAUUUUGUUGCCUUUUCAUUUCCAGAGAGUGGCUUAAAGCAUCUUCUUGUCUGUUUCUCUGUCUUUUCUGGACCUCACGAGGAUUGCUUUUUACUUGCUAAAAAAACAACAACAAAAAAAAAACAUUUAAAUCUACAGACACUGAAAACACCAGUAUUUCAUAUAGGCUGUUGUAUUCAACUUCCUGCAAUGAAUUUGUCACAAAAAUGAAUGUCUUGUGAUUAUGUGCCACAACUACAACCAACAGAUGUAAAAUAGGUACAUUUGUCAUGUGAAAUCACUCCAUUUCUGCCACCACAACCAUAAUCCAUCUUGUUUUAUGUUAUUUUAUGGUGCUUUCCAAACAAUUAGCUAAUCUUUAAUUUGACAUCCCUUCUGAGGGAGGAAACCACUGCUUAUUUAUAGUGUGGUAAAAGAAAAUCCAUCUCCACAGUUUAAUGCCAAGAGUUGUUUCUUAAUAUAAUUUGCCAUACACAGUUUUAGAAUGUUACUUUAUUUUCUUCCAUUUAGUUUUAUCUUUUUUAUUCUCUUUUAUUUGUUACCUUUUUACUCCUAGUUUUCGUUGAUCUGGUGGCAGGUUUGAGUUUGGUUGCUUGAGCCUAAACGGUUGGACAUGCAUCAUUUGAGAUUAUAGCAAUUAAAAUGGAGCUAAGUCAACAAUA